AUGUAUUAUUCUUCAGUUAUAUUAGCUCAACGUUUACCAAAUAUAAUUUUACGAAGAUAUGUAUCGUCAGUUACGGAUUUAUAUAAAGGACUUAUUAAUGGUGAUCGAGGUUGUCUAGCGAAAAGUAUUACAUUAGUAGAAUCAACACAUGUAGAAAAACAACAUAAAGCGAAAGAAUUACUUGCUCAAGUUUUACAAGGACUUAAACAACGUCAAGAAAAACAAGCAAAUAAACCAAUUAGUUUUCGAAUAGGACUGAGCGGAAGCCCCGGUGCUGGAAAAUCAACAUUUAUUAAUGUUUUUGGUCGAUUUUUACUUAAUCAAGGACAUAAAGUAGCUGUAUUAACAGUUGAUCCAUCAUCAUCUACUACUGGAGGUUCGAUACUUGGUGAUAAAACACGAAUGCUUGAAUUAUCACGUGAACCAAAUGCAUACAUUCGUACAUCACCCUCUGCAUGUACAUUAGGUGGUGUAACUCGAACAACGAACGAUGCUAUUGUUCUCUGUGAAGCUGCAGGUUAUAAUGUUAUUCUUGUUGAAACUGUAGGUGUUGGACAAUCUGAAUUUGCUGUCGUAGAUAUGGUUGAUAUGUUUUGUGUUUUACUUCCACCAGGAUCCGGUGAUGAACUACAAGGCAUGAAAAAAGGUAUUAUGGAAUUAGUUGAUUUAGUAAUAGUAACAAAAGCUGAUGGUGAUUUAAUGCAGGAAGUUCGUCGUUUAAAAUCGGAAUGGUUAAGUGCGCUUAGAUUAAUGCGUCGUCGAUCUGAGAAUUGGUCACCAAAAGUUAUAUCAGUUUCAGCACGUAAAAAUGAAGGUAUUGAUAAAGCUUGGUCACAAAUGUUUGCUUUUGAAAAUACAAUGAUUGACUCAGGUGAAUUUAUGAACAAACGUUCUCAACAACUUCGAAAAUGGAUGUGGAAUAAUGUUAAAGAUCGAAUGCUUGAUCAAUUUUUAGCUGAUAAUGAUAUACAAAAAGCUAUUCAAACUUAUGAAGAUCGUGUUAUUCGCGGACUUGUAACACCAUUCGUAGCUGCUGAUGCUAUUUUGAACCUUUUUUCUAAAGUAAAACCGAACAAAGAUAUAUAA